UUUUAUUUAUUUUAAAAUAUGAAAAACUUAAUUAAAAAUAUGAUUUUAAGAAAAUGUUAACGAUUUAUGUUUUGUGAUACUCAAUUAGUUUGUAUUUAUUUUAAAAAAAAUUUUAAGUGUUAAAACGUCAGGUUUAUAAUUAUGAAUACACCAAUAAAGGUGGAAAUGUUAAAUGAAAAAUCCCGUAGCUCAGGGAAUACACAUUCAUUAAUUGUUGUUGAAUUAUGUGUGGUUUGUGGUGACAGAGCAAGUGGACGACAUUAUGGGGCAAUCAGUUGUGAAGGUUGUAAGGGUUUUUUUAAACGAUCUAUUCGAAAACAAUUAGGAUACCAAUGUCGUGGAUCGAAAAAUUGUGAAGUGACUAAACACCAUCGUAAUAGAUGUCAAUAUUGUCGUUUGCAAAAAUGUUUAGCCUGUGGAAUGCGUAGUGAUUCUGUUCAACAUGAACGAAAACCUAUGCCCGAUAAAAGAGAAUAUCAGAGUAAUAAGAACGCACUGUCAAUGCCAUUUUCACAAAAUUCAUUAAACAAAAUAUUCAUUAGAAAAGAUUUAGGAUUGGAAAAUGUUCCCAGUGUUAUGUUUUCAGCGUUCAAUUUGAAUGCAUUAGGUACCAUACCUCGUGAUAUGCCUUAUAAUGUAUCUCCAAGUCGCGUUGCUGUGGAAGAUGAUGCAUCGAUGGAUAGCGAAGUUCAAUGGGAAACUGCUGAUACAAUAACUCGAAAGAAUAUAAUAUCAAAAGCGUUAGAAUCAAUGGCCCGUGUUCAGGGAUAUACAAACAAUAAUUUACCGCAAGUGCCUUCUGAAAUUGAAUCAAAUAUUGAUGGACCAAUAUUUACCGAUCAACAUGUAUCAUUUAAUUUACAAACACCUGCCCCAAUGCCUGCUUACUUAAAUGCCCAUUAUAUAUGUGAGAGUGGUUCUCGUCUAUUGUUCCUUUCUAUACAUUGGGCAAAAAAUCUUCCUGCAUUAAAAACAUUAAACUCGGAUACACAAAUCACAUUAUUACGAAAUUGUUGGACGGAAUUAUUUGUAUUGGGUUUAUCACAAUGUGCUUCGAUAUUAUCAUUAUCAUCAAUAUUAUCAUCGCUAAUGACACAAUUACAUUCAACGGUAUCGCAAGAUAAAGUAAAAAUAAAACAAGUGACUGAUCACAUAUGUAAGAUACAAGAUUAUGUACAAUCGAUGAACACGUUAGAAGUUGAUGAUCAUGAAUAUGCAUAUUUAAAAUCAUUAGCCUUAUUUCAAACAGAAUUAUCGGAUUCAACACAACGAUGCUUUUUGGAGAAAUUACAAGAUAAAUCAUUUCGUGGUUUACGCAGUUAUGUACAAACAAAAUCACCUGACAAUAUUGAUAAAUUUCCUAGAUUGCUAUUACGAUUACCGCCUUUGCGUGCCUUUGAUGCAACUGUACUGGAAGAAUUAUUUUUUGUUGGAUUAAUUGGAAAUGUAGAAAUUAAUAGUGUAAUACCUUAUAUAUACGCAAUGAAUGUGAUGGCAUCAUCGUAUGCAGCUGGUUGUUCAAUAAAAAUGGAACAAACUGGACAAAGUGAAGAUGAAUUUAUAUAUAGUAAAAAAUAAUUUUAUAAAAUAAAAUAGGGAUGGAUGCAUAUUGUAUAGGUUAAUAAAACAGGAAAAGUAUAAUAAAAAUGUAAAUUAUAAUUAUUAUUAUUGAGCGCGUUCAAAAUAACUUGACCAUGCUAGUUAAGAAACUCAGCGAAUCGGUGGAGUAUCUAAUCAAAAUGGCAUCGAAUUUACCCUUAAGCUAUGUAAUAAAGUAAUAUUCAUUAAUACACUUACCGAAAAAAAAUCACAGUUUUUGAGAAAUCACAUCUUCAAAUUUUAAAUAUCUGUAUCUCAGAGAAAAAUAUUCGAAUCGGGAUGAUCUACAGCCUAUUUGAAAGCUUGUACUUUCAUUCCCUACCACUUUGUGUCGACGGUUGGAAGAAUAAGAAAUUUCAUCCCAUAAAUUUCCAUGCUGAGUGUCUGAGCUAGGUAAAAUAGACUUGAGUUAGUUUGAACGCGUUGAUUAUAUAUUUUUAAUUUUAAAAGAGAAGUGGUCGGAAAGUUAUUUGUUAUGAAUGUUAAAAAUUAUUGAAAUUUCUACAUUUU